AUGUCCUUCUUUCAAAAUUUCAACACGCACUCGUUGCGGUCAACCCGUGGGUUCAAGUUGAAGCUGACGUCUCCCAUUUCAAGUCCUCAACCGGUAUCGAGUUCAGCUUUUCCUUCGACUCCAAGAUUAGACCCAUACGAAUUGAACCAAAGUAACACCAAUCCCAACUCCCCACAACAGUACCAGACCAUCAACUUGAACAAUAAUGGCCAAACCGUAUCCACACACAAGGAUAUUCGAAACUAUGCUGAGCAAACAUUGGGUUCUGAUAAUGCAUUGAUCCAAGCAGUAAAACUUCCUCAAGACGAAGAGGUUAAUGAAUGGCUAGCGGUUCAUGUGGUAGAUUUUUACAACCAGAUAAACAUGCUAUAUGGUGCUAUUACAGAGUUUUGCUCGCCACAAACUUGUCCUAGAAUGACAGCCACAGAUGAAUACGAGUACCUAUGGCAAGAAACCAACCCCGCAAUGAAUGGCAGCUCGCUGCCUAAAAAGCCUGUUUCGUUACCAGCCGCCGACUAUAUCGAACAUUUGAUGAACUGGAUUCAAAAUUUUUUCGAUAACGACAAUAUCUUCCCCUCAAAGAUCGGUGCUCCGUUCCCGCAACAGUUCCCCAUGUUGGUCAAAACCAUCUUCAAGCGCAUGUUCCGUAUUUACGCUCACAUCUAUUGUCAUCAUUUCCAUGAAAUCUCUGAGUUGGGUUUACAAAGUCAUUUGAACACUAGCUUGAAGCACUAUGUGCUUUUUAGCAAGGAGUUCAACUUGAUAGAAAGAAAGGAUUACGGGCCAUUAGAAGAUUUGGUAUCACAAAUGAUUGACUUAUCAGCUUAA